UAAUCGAUAAGCCCCAGAGCUCGUGUACCGAUAUAAGUAGGUAAUUACAAUUGUUAUAGCUACAUUAUACCAUAACCUUCACACAUUACCAGUCAUUACAAUAAUAAUGUAAAUAUGUACAUAAGUGCGACUGAACACAUGACACGAAAUAGAAUUGUGUAUUAAAGAUAACAAAAAGUAAUAAAUUAGAAGUUGUUAAUGAUAAAAGGUGCUUAGUAAAACACAAAUAAGUUUUGUAAGAAUUCUAAAAUUAUUGAUAUCGAUAGUUCAAACAAACAAAAAAACGACCCUUUGACUUAUUUAUCAAUGAGAUGAAUAGUAAGAGGGUAGUUAGUCAAAUUUUAGUAACGGGCUGGUUCACUCGUUAAUUUCUGUUUGAAAAUGAGUAAGUCGAUUUGUAUAGUGCUGCUGAGUUUCUAUAUAUUAUUUAAUUUUCCAGCGUCAAUUCAAGGUAUGUAUCGAUUGAUUAAUUCUAAUUAGUUCUUUUUUAAAUAAACAAAGAGGUAUAUGAUGUUGAAUUUCUGCAGGCUACAGACAUUUUAUAGACUUGGAAACCGACGGUGUCGAGACAAUAUUUGCGACUGAAAAUGAAAAUGUUAACAUAGAAUGCAAGACGGAUGUGCCGAUGGCGUAUUGUGGAUUCGUGCACCCAUCUGGGAAACGAUACUCGAACAACGCUAAGCGCCGGUCACUGCUUCAAAAACAUCACAGUGACACCAGAAGACGACGGAGAAUGGCGCUGUCACAGCGGCGGUCACGAAACCGGCGUCGAAAUAAUAAAAACAAUCGAAUUAAGGGUCGUCAACGAAGUGACCGCUUUAUGGAAAAACGUUACGGUUCUUCACGCGAAAUCUGUCUCGUUGGUUUGUCUAACUACAAAACGACUGACGCCGCUUAGCUACUGUCGCUUCGAACCUCCCAAGGGGAGACCAUUCAACAUAGCCGAAGAUGUGACGCCCGAUAACGCCAUCUUAGGUAGAUUCUACUUUCCAACGAACAUGAGUUUGGAUCGCGGAGACUGUGCCGUAACUAUAAACAAUGUGAAAUACGACGAUUACGGCACGUGGACGUGCGGUGCAGGACUCGACGAUGGAAACGAACACACUGAUACUAUAAAUGUAAAAGUAAAAGGAAUUUACACCAUGUCGUUCGCAGCCGCAGCUGGUAUCACGAUAGUGUGCAUAGUGAUAAUCGCAUUAAUCGGAUUCCUCGCCUGGAAGAGACGCGAGUUUUUGGGCAGCACGCCUAGACCGACGCCUGAGCCGGCCCACGAGUUGGAACCCCUACAGGGCCACUCGACGAGGAGAGGCGAUGUUGAUGUUCCCGAAGUCAGAGUCGUACCUCCGUCUGAAGCAAGUUCUUCACAGUCAACGUAGUAGUUUCUCGAAUAUGUAGCCGUGCAUCGAGAUAAUGCAAUAAAAAAAGAUCAAGGCGGAAUAUGAAUUCUCCCACACCUACUAUAAGGAUUAUCAAAGAGUACACAUAACUAAAUAAAAACAAAAAAAAAACAAAAAGUAAAAACUAGUCAUUAUCGUAUUGUCACGAAAACCUAAUAUAGUUCGUGACGCUUCACGACCUCUUAGACUUUUGCAACCAUAAAGAAAAAGUUGGCGAUAGAUUCUGAUGCAGGUGUGUGGAAGAGUAAAACAAUUUUAGUUAUAGUUUACUGUUAAGAUCGUUCAUAAGUGUUAAUCUGAAUUUAAAUCCAAUAGAAGUUAUUAAAAUGCGAUAUUAUUAAUUAGAUUGAACAAUGUUUUGCAUGUACUUUAAAUAAAUU